UUCACUGUCUUCACCCCGAGGCAGCAGGGACAGCCGAGGGGAAGGGCAGAACCGGCACCAUGGCGACACCCCACUCCCAACCCCAGAGGCGCCCUCCCCUCUUGCGCCAAGCCAUCAAGAUAAGACGCCGCAAAGCCCGAGAUCUGCAGGAUCCCCCACCCCAAACGGUUCGAGAGGUUGACCCUCCAUCCCACCACCUCUCCCCUGAAGAGCGGGCCCUGCUCUACGAGGAAGCACUCUAUACAGUCUUGCACCGCCUGGGCCAGCCAGAACCCAACCAUGUAAGCGAGGCCUCUGAGCUGCUACGAUAUCUGCAGGAGGCCUUCCAGCUGGAGCCGGAGGAGCAUCAACAGAUGCUGCAGAACGCCCGGGAGCUCCAGAAGCCAAUGUUCUUUCUGAAGGCCACAGUGAAGCAGGCCAAGAACAUUCUGGGCAAGGAUGUCAGUGGGUUCAGUGACCCCUACUGCCUGCUAGGCAUCGAGCAGGGGGUAGGCACUUCUGGGGGCAGUCCUGGGGCCAGGCGGCGGCAGAAGGCCGUGGUGAGGGACACCAUCCCCGAGGAGCAGACCCAUCGUACACAAGUCAUCAAUCAGACACUCAAUCCUGUCUGGGAGGAGACCUUCAUUCUGGAAUUCAAGGAUAUAGCCAAUGCCAGUUUUCGUCUGGACAUGUGGGACCUGGACACAGUGGAGUCCGUCAGACAGAAGCUAGGGGAGCUGACAGACCUGCAUGGCCUACGUAGGAUCAUUAAGGAGGUCCGCAAGGACAAGGGCCAGGAUGACUUUCUGGGGAAUGUGGUGCUGAGGCUGCAGCACCUGCGCAGCCGCGAGGACCAAUGGUAUCCUCUGGAGCCUUGUACUGAGACCUACCCCGACCGCGGCCAGUGCCACCUUCAAUUCCAGUUCAUCCACAAGCGGAGAGCUACUAGGGCUAGCCGCUCACAGCCCAGCUACACAGUCCACCUCCGCCUUCUGCAGCAGCUUGUAUCUCACGAGGUCAUCCAGCACCAGGCAGGUAGUACGUCCUGGGAUGGGUCAUUGAGUCCUCAAGCUGCCACCAUCCUCUUUCUCCACGCCACGCAGAAGGACCUGUCUGACUUUCACCAGUCCAUGGCGCAGUGGCUGGCCUACAGUCGCCUCUAUCAGAGCCUGGAGUUCCCCAGCAGCUGUCUCCUGCAUCCUAUCACCAGCAUUGAGUACCAGUGGAUUCAGGGUCGGCUCAAGGAAGAACAGCUGGAGGAACUGGCCACCUCAUUUAGCUCCCUGCUGGCCUACGGCCUCUCCCUCAUCCGGAGGUUCCGCUCUGUUUUUCCCCUCUCUGUUGCUGACUCCCCAGCCCGACUGCAGUCUCUCCUCAGGGUCCUGGUGCAGAUGUGCAAGAUGAAGGCCUUUGGGGAACUGUGUUCUGACAGUGCUCCCCUGCCCAACCUGGUGACAGAGACCCUGCGGACUGGCACCGUGGAAUGGUUCCACCUGAAACAGCAGCAUCAUCAGCCCAUGGUGCAGGGCCUCCUGGAGGCGGGCAAAGCUUUGCUGAGCCUGGUACAGGACAUCACUGGUGAUUUGCACCAGUGCCAACGCACCUGGCACAAGAUCUUCCACAACACCCUCAAGAUCGACCUCUUCUCCAUGGCUUUCCUGGAGCUGCAGUGGCUGGUGGCCAAACGGGUGCAGGAGCACACAGCGGCGGUGGGCAGCCUGGUGUCCCCAGAGAUGGGAGAGAGCCUGUUCCAGCUUUACAUCAGCCUCAAGGAGUUCUGCCGCCUGGGCCCGGGCCCCACCAAGAGGGAAGGAGUCCUGGCCCUGGACGGCUUCCACCGCUGGUUCCAGCCGGCCAUACCCUCCUGGCUGCAGAAGACGUACAAUGUGGCCUUAGCGAGGGUGCAGCGUGCCGUGCACAUGGAUAAGCUGGUGCCACUGGGAGAGCUGACCAAACACAGCACCUCAGCUGUGGAUCUGUCCACCUGCUUCGCCCAGAUCAGCCACACAGCCCAGCAGCUGGACUGGCCCGACCCAGAGGAGGCCUUCAUGAUCACUGUGAAGUUUGUCGAGGACACCUGCCGACUGGCCCUGGUGUACUGCAGCCUCAUUAAGGCCCGGGCCCGAGAGCUGUCAGCAGGCCAGAAGGACCAGGGUCAGGCAGCCAACAUGCUGUGUGUGGUGGUGAACGAUAUGGAGCAGCUGAGGCUGGUGAUUGGCAAGCUGCCCACCCAGCUGGCCUGGGAGGCGCUGGAGCGGCAGGUCGGUGCUGUCUUGGAGCAGGGACAGUUGCAGCACACGCUACAUGCCCAGCUGCAAGGCGCGCUGGCAGGACUGGGUCACGAGAUCCGCACUGGGGUCCAAACCCUGGCUAAGCAGCUGGAAGUGGGCAUUGCCAAGCACAUCCAGAAGCUCCUGAGCGUCAAGGAGUCGGUCCUGCCAGAGGACGCCAUCCUGCCCCUGAUGAAGUUUCUGGAGGUGGAGCUAUGCUACAUGAACACCAACUUGGUGCAGGAGAACUUCAGCAGCCUGCUGACCUUGCUCUGGACACACACGCUCACAGUGCUGGCCGAGGCAGCCGCCUCUCAGAGGAGCUCCCCACUGGCCUCGAAGAGGUUGCAGAUUGCUCUUCAGAACUUGGAGGUCUGCUUUCACGCCGAGGGCUGUGGCCUGCCACCAAUGGCCCUGCACACAGAUACCUUCCAGGCUUUGCAGAGGGACCUAGAGCUGCAGGCGGCCUCCAGCCGACGACUCAUCCAGAUUUACUUCUGCAGGCGGCUGGAGCAGCAGGCAGAAGCUACCUCCGAGGAGCUGGGGGUGAUCACAGUCAAAGCUUCCUACCGGGCCUCCGAGCAGAAGCUGCGCAUCGAGCUGCUUAGCGCCUCCAGCCUGCUGCCCCUGGACUCCAACGGCUCCAGUGACCCUUUUGUACAGCUGACCUUGGAGCCCAGGCAAGCAUUCCCAGAGCUGGCCCCCCGGGAGACCCAGAAACACAAGAAGGACCUUCACCCGCUGUUUGAUGAGACCUUUGAAUUCCUCGUGCCUGUGGAGCCGUGCCGGGAGGACGGAGCCUGCGUCCUGCUCACUGUGCUGGACCAUGAUACACUUGGGGCCGAUGACCUGGAGGGCGAAGCCUUCCUGCCCCUGUGCUCGGUGCCCGGCCUGCCUGGGGAGAAGGAUCCUGGCGAGGUGCCACAGACCCGCCUGCCCCUCACCUACCCCGCACCCAAUGGGGACCCCAUCCUGCAGCUGCUGGAGAGCCGCAAAGGUGACCGUGAGGCCCAGGCCUUUGUGAAGACCCGGCGGCAGCGAGCCAAACAGGCAGCGCAACAUGCCCUAAAGCCAGGGCGGUAGCAGGGGGCUGGGGUGGGGCU